CUGCCAGGCGCGGCGCUGCCCGGCUCGGCCCCGCACGGCACCGCACGGCACGGCCCCGCCGAGCCCCCCGCGCAGCAGCACACCGCGGGCCCCGCCAUGGACGGGGGCGCCUUCGGAGCGGGGAAAGCCGGCGGCGCCUUCGACUUGCAGGCCUUCCUCCGGCAGCCGCACACGCUGCUCCGGCUGCUCUCCUGGGUGUUCUCCAUCGUGGUGUUUGGCUCCAUUGUCAAUGAGGGGUAUGUGAACCGCCUGGAUGAAUCAGAGGAGCACUGCAUUUUCAACCGCAACCGCAACGCCUGCAACUAUGGCAUUACUGUGGGUGUCCUCGCCUUCCUCAGCUGCCUUCUCUACCUGGCUCUGGAUGCCUACUUCCCGCAGAUCAGCAGCGUCAAGGACCGCAAAAAGGCAGUGCUCUCAGACAUUGGCGUCUCAGCUUUUUGGGCAUUCCUCUGGUUUGUUGGCUUCUGCUUUCUGACUAACCAGUGGCAAGCUUCAAAAGAAGAGGACAACCCAUUGAAUGAGGGAGGAGACGCAGCCCGAGCAGCCAUCACAUUCUCAUUCUUCUCCAUCUUCACCUGGGUGGGCCAGGCGUUCCUGGCAUAUCAGCGCUUCCGGCUGGGUGCCGACUCGGCCCUCUUCUCCCAGGACUACAUGGACCCCAGCCAGGAUUCCAGCAUGCCUUACGCUCCCUACAUGAAUGAGGAGGAUGCGACGGACACGGUGGGGACGUACCAGCAGCCCCCUGCAGCAGAUGCUUUUGACACCGAGACACAGGGGUACCAGACGCAGAACUACUGAGCCGCCGAUGCCCCUUCCCUGUCCCCUUCCAUUUUUGCCCCCUUUCCCACUGCCGGCAGUGAGCCGAGGCACAAGCCAGACACGUGCGUAGUGGCACAGGAGGUGGCUCUCAGCUAUGCUCCAGCCUUCUGGGUCAUCAGUUUUUAUUUAUUAUUUUUAACAAAAAGAAAAAAAGCGCUCCCCAUUGCCUCUUCUCCUUCCUCCCCCCAGAACUACCCAGCACCAAAUUGUUCCAAAAUCUGGCACCGAGGGAGGUUCCCCCCUUCCCCCUUCCUUGGAAGAGAGAAGAGGGGCUACAGCAGAGGUGGAAGAGGUGAGAGGGAGCAGGAUGUUCAUAGGCGAGGUGGUACUGCUGUGUGCUGCAGUGCUGCUCCGUGCUUGAGGAGCAUCUGAAUUGGCUCAGGGAGGGGAGGGUGGAAUGGGCAGGCUGAGCUGGCAUGCAGGCAUGCAACAGUGGAGGAAGGGAUGGGGAGAGAAGGUGCUUUUCACUGUGAGUCAGGGGAUGCUUUGUUUUGAGAGGUUUUGGUGAGAUUGAAUGGGAUAGGAAAGAGGAAUAUUUGCAGGUACAAUCAAAAUCCAGUGUUUUUCACAGGUUUUGCUGUAGAGGGCUUGAGAGCAGAGCAGGAAGGCAGUACUGUGAGGGACACUCCUUCUCUGUGCAGAGGUGUUUUCACUGCUUGGGUACUGAUGCAUCUCCCUCCCUUCCACUAGCCAGAUAAUGCACAUGGGAAUGGAGCAGGAACCCCAAAAAGAGAUGCAGCUGUUGUGUCCAGACAUCACAUUGGGGUGCAGCAAGUGGUGGAGAGUCCAAAGGUGGUCUUCACCUCCCACUCCGAUGGGAAGGUCAGCAAAGAUGGGAGAAUUCCCUCCAUUUCCACUCUCCAAUUUGUUUGAGGCCGCAGUGGGCUCCCUGACCACUGGUCCUGUGCACUUUUAGUUAACUUAGUGCUCCUGCAGCAUUUGACAUGUCUGUAAAGCCUCACCUAGGUGGCAGUAGUGAAUCUUAAAUAGAGCUUGUAUUGACAUUACUCCACACUUUUUAGAAUCUUGCUUCAAGAAACAGCUCCGGAACCACAGUAUUUAUUCCAGGAUAGAAUUAAUGUUAGUGCCUAGAAGUAAGGGACUGAACAGUAGCCAGCUGGACUGCUUCAGCACAGACAUCUUGCAGAGCACAAGCAGUGGAGCUCUGUCCCCUGGACAGCCACCAUGGUCCAUGUGGCACUGGCCCAAGGAGCAGAGAUCAGGAACAGAUCCAGCAUCCAUUGGUGGACAGGAUGCGGGUCUGGUCAUGCAAACACCUCAUCUGAAGGACACAGUCCUCUUUCAUCCAGGUCACUUGUCCUCCUCCUCCUAGCACUACUCCUUUCUAGCUGCCCCACAUCAGUGGAGAGGGAGUAGACAACACAGAGUUGCGGGUUCCAAGGGGGAAGGAAGGACACUUCUCCAUUGCAUGCAGGCACAGUUUCUACCUGCUCCACACCUUUAUCCAUGGCUCUGAGCGAAAGCAAUACUGUACAUAGGAGGGGUAGUUUUCAGAGGGAAGAACCUCAGGCUUUUUUUUCUCGAUGGGAUCAGCCUAAUAUUUAGGCUUGGGAGGGGGUUACUUUAUUGAGAGAUUCACUGUGGGGGGAGCUCCUUCCAUCCACCUCUUCCACCAGGGGAGAGGAAGGAAAGAACAGUGAGGUGGAGAAGACAAACUAGUUGUGCUUGCCCAGAGUCGUCUGUCAUCCUUCAUGCUUUCAUUUUGAUGUGUGGGUUGGGUACCAAGAGGAGGAGGCUAUAAAUAACAAGCUCUCAGCAUGAAGAUCUGUUGAACUGCUGGGAAUUGCCCAUCAUCACUCCCAUCUCAUUGGGAUGAGGGACCAGUCACAUGAGUAGUACAGGCCAUAAACUGGAAGGGUGUUGGAGGGUCUACCUGGGGUCUUUUUGAUGGACACAGGACAAUUAUCUAUGCCCCUUCCCCCAGCAGAGCUACAUCAAUGGCUGAACAUCUUGUGGGUGUGACUCAUGACAAAGCUUUUCUUUAUCCUUCUUUUGCUUGCUUCCCUCAUGUAACCAGCUGGUGGACUUCAGUGGCUUUGAGGUGGGACGAACCUCCUCCUCAGCCAACCCUUCAGCAGGACGUAAGCCAGGUAGCUUCAUCUUGGGCUACUGCCCGUCUUUGUCUCUUUCUUCCUUGCUUUGUGUUAUGGCAAAAGCACUGGUAUGGUAGGGGACGCUGUAACAGUAGACGCUUGGGCAACUUCUUGCCUUUGCUCAUGGGAGAAGGGGUGCUCUCCUUGAAUUGACUUUCUUUGAGCCUUUGCAAGGGAGGGUUGGUGGUGGCAAACCUGAUUGGGGGACCCAUCUGGUUAGCACACAGCCCUUGAAAAUGCAGUUUCAGUGACAUAGAGCUGGCUCUGAGGAGAUGGACCUACCCAGGGUAGGUGGUUAUCAUAUCUUGGGAACUUCUGAUAAGGGGCUGCUGGCGAUCAUAUGAAGGCCUGGGCACCUGGCUGGAACAUGUCCCUUUUAGAUCCUAAAUGAGUGUGAGAUCAGUCCCACUCUAGGGAUUAGGAGAUCAGAGGGAAGGCUGCAUAAGCAAAACGAUAAGAAGGCUUUCUUCCCCGCCGUGCCAUUUGUCCGGAUUACAGAGGAUUACUCAUCCCCUGUUGGGAGCAGUGGCCCCUUGAUGUCUUCUUAUCUUGCCAAGUCCCCAAGUAAGGUACUUUUAUGAUAGCAGGGACUGUGAAGGUCAAAGGAGUAAUGAAAACUUGCCCCAGCUCUACCCGUGACUUCAGCCUUCUGACGUACCCCCCAUCCCUGGCUCACCUAUGUCCCCAUCAACUUGUUCAUCAUCUCAUUACACACCCAUCCCUUCUGCAUUAGUCCUGACAGUCCCCUCAGGGCAGGAAGACAGUGUGUUUCCACACAUUGAGGAGCACUCAGGAGGACCCAGGAAGGCAGCGUAGUAUGACAGUCUCCAUGGGAGUGUUGGCUCUGGUCUCCAGAGCAGGUACAAGGCAGGGAACACAGCGAGGCCACCUCAUGCAGCAAGUCCAAACCGUCCAUCCAGACACCUCCCUGCUGCCCUCGUGGCAUCCAUCACACCAUCUGGGCUGCCCUGCCCCUUCCCCUGCCACAUUACUGCCUGUGUAUAGUAUAUAUUAUAUAUAUAUAUAUUUUAAAAGAUGUAUAAUAUAAAGCUAUACAUAUAUACAAUGACUCAUGGAUGGCCUGCCACAUGCAGGAUCCCCUGAGUGGUCUUGUUUAAGCCUGAGUGUACCUUCACCCCUUCUUCCCUCGUCCCCAUCCGUCCUCAAAUCCAACUACAGCAAGCCCCGCCACCUCGGCACAUGUGUUUACAAUAUCCUAUAUAUUUGUGGUUAACAAAGUGAAGGUGGUGACUACUGGUGUCUCAAUAAAGUUAAAACAUUCAAAAUAAUGAAACAAUAUGAAAAA